GUCCAUAUGUCACAGCGAUAGACAUAUUUCUCACACAAAAUUACAUGGAAGGAACAUUCAAUUCCUGCAUCAACGUUCAAAUGCCCUCCACCGGACAUCAAGCAUUGGAUAUGAUGUGCGGCAACUACGAAGCUGCCAAAUGCGAUUACGUCAAGUGGUUCUCAUUCAUGGGCCAUGAAAACACUCCUCUUGUGCCAUUUCCAAUUAACUAUUUUCCUGAAGAAAAUGCAGACUAUACUCCAGAGGAUGUGCCCUAUUUCACCUGCGAUCAGGUGUGGGAUGAAGGUGAUGAGCAAUGCAGCUGCAUGGAUUGUAAAAAUGUGUGCUUGCCGUACGAGUUGGAGGAAGAGAAGCCUCCCUUCACUAUCAACGGCACUGACGGAGUGGCGGUCGUCAUGGCUAUCGUAUUCGCCUUACUAGCUCUUGGAAUAACAAUUGGAGUGCUCGUCGCA